UUUCUUGGCAUUUCUCGCUUUGCGUUAGUGUUGACUGGGAUUUCGGUUGAUUCUUCCUGUUCCUUGACUUACCUUCUUCUGACAAUUCGAUAGUAAUAUAUGACAGAGAGCGCGUGGAAAAACUGAACCAAAGCGAAUGCUCGGCCAGUAAAAUAUUAGUCCCUGUUCGUCAAUCCGGCAACACUGUCUCGAUUUGGAUUCUUCCAGGUUUCAUUUGUAUUUCCUAUUUUUAUUUUCACGGAAAGAGAGAAGAGGGAGAAUGGUUUCUCAGACGAUUGAUUUGUUAAAGGAGGAACUCCCGGUGGAUCAACAACCUCUUAUUUUGUCUGGCGAUAUCAAAACAGGUCUCGUCCUCGUUGAUGUUGUCAAUGGCUUCUGCACCGUUGGAGCUGGGAAUCUGGCCCCAAGGCAACCAAACAGACAAAUUUCUAGGAUGGUAGAUGAAUCAGUGAGGCUCUCAAGAGUAUUCGCUGAAAAGAAAUGGCCUAUUUUUGCCUUUCUUGAUACCCAUCACCGGGAUAUUCCUGAGCCUCCUUAUCCUCCUCACUGUAUUGCCGGAACAGAGGAAGCAAAAUUGGUUCCUGAACUGCUGUGGUUGGAAAAUGAACCAAAUGCAACAGUCAGGUGCAAAGAUUGCGUCGAUGGAUUCCUUGGUUCAAUUGAGGAAGAUGGCCGUAACGUUUUCAUUGAUUGGGUGAAAAAUCAUCAGAUAAAACAAAUUUUGGUCGUUGGGAUAUGUACGGAUAUAUGUGUACUGGAUUUUGCCUGUUCAGCUCUGUCUGCUAGAAAUCGGCGUCUUCUUUCUCCUCUGGACGAUGUGAUUGUCUAUUCCCAUGCUUGUGCUACAUAUGAUAUUCCAGUUCAUAUGGCCAGAAUUAACAACGAUGUGAUAGCUCAUCCGCAGGAGCUGCUGCAUCAUAUUGGCCUUUACAUGGCCAGGGGAAGGGGAGCCAAGAUAGUAUCAGAUGUAUCGUUCAAGUGAGCUUAAGGAGAAUUAAUCUCAUCACAUCGAAUGGUCUUUCGUGGGCAUACUUAAGGCUUCAAAAUUGUGGCUGUUUCUUGUUGUCGAGUACUAUUAGGGGCGCUUGUCAAGUUAAUCAGACUUUUAUCUGUCCACUUUUAUUGUCCUAAUGCUAAGUUUCAACUGCCAGCUGCUAUAAUGCUUCACAUGGUAUUGCCCUAUUUUUUUUUUUAUCUCACAUAUAUAUUUUACACGGAUUGGAAUUAUAGUUGUC